AAAAGCUCGAAAAAUCUACGGGUUAACAGUCGAUGACAGAAGGUGAAAAGUCGCCCGACGAAACGCGCGAAGCAGCGUAAAGCCUGGCGCAAUGCUACCUUCCCCUACCUUCCCACGACACCCACAACCGACGAAUCCACGAUCACAACAACGCACCCCGGCGGAGCACCAUACUGUACAUAUUCGACGACGACCACCACCGCACGAGCCUCACGGAGCCUCCCGCGAUGUCGACCCGCAGUGCUCGGCUUGAAAAGGAAAGGGUGGGGAACGGCGUCCCCGGUCCACCAUCGGCGUAUUUUCCCCAUCUGCCAUCCCCUUCAUCUUGAACGUCUCGAGAGCAGCACCGUACCAGCAGCAAUAGAACCUUUCGCGUCGACCAGUUCGCCCGCUUUCGCAGGUCGUGGAGAUGAGUCCGUUUUCUACCAUCUCCGCCAUCGGUUCGCUGGCGCUCGCAGUCAGCACCCUGGCGGCGCCGCCCUCGAAACCCAGCCCCAUCUGCAAGUGUCUGUCAUCCGGCCCGUCCUGCUUUCCCCCAACCAGAACUCUUGACGCCUUCAACAAGACCAUAGAGGGACGUCUUGCAAAGAUCUCACCUCCCGCCAUAGUAUGCUAUCAAGGCCCCGAAUUCGAUGCCGCCGCAUGCGAGGCCUUGCGAGCCAACGCCACAAACCCUUACUUUUGGGGAGAGCAUAUUGGGGCCACGAUGUACCCAAAGACGUUGGGCGGCGAGUUUGGUGUCAAUGUUUGUCCAGCUUCAUUGAAUUCCUCGCUUCCGGACUCUGCAUGCGGACAAGGAAAAGUGUCCUCUUUCGGCGUUGAUGCUCGCACCGUGGAGCACGUUCGGAAGACCGUCAAGUUUGCUGCAGCCCAUAACCUCCGUCUGACCGUGAAGUCCACCGGCCACGAUCAAGCUGGCCGCAGCUCCGCAAAAGGAUCUUUCCUUCUGUGGCUUCAUCAUUUGCGCGGAAUCGAGUUUGUUGACACCUUCAUUCCGGAGUCUUGCACUGCUAGAGCCGGGUUGCCUGCCGUGACCGUCUCCGCUGGCGAGCAAUGGGGCACUCUUUAUGAGCAAGCCGAGGCCCGUGGCCUUGCUGUUGUUGGGGGCGCCGUACAGACAGUCGGGGUUAUCGGUGGAUACCUUCAGGGAGGAGGACACAGCCCUUUGUCUCGAACCUACGGAAUGGCGAGCGACCAGGUCCUGGAGUUCAAAGUGGUUACCGCCGACGGGCAGCUGCGCACCGCUAACUCGUGCACCAACCAGGACAUCUUCUUUGCUCUGCGAGGUGGCGGCGUUGGAUACGGCGUCGUUACUUCCGCUACGAUUCGGACCUACCCAUCUCCAAAGACGGCCCUCGCUUUGUAUACGAUUGAGGCAAAUGCCGGAAACAUCACAAAAAAUGCUGCCCUCCUGCGCCAAAAGUUUGUCGACAGCCAACCCGAAUGGGACAAGAUCGGACUCUCCGGUUACAUCGGCUUUGGUUCGACAACCCUGUGGCUUGCAUUGUUUCAGCCCAACGGCAGCAAUGCUACCAUUGCCGCUGCGCUCAAGCCGUUAUUCGAUUUUGCGGAUCCAGCGCGCUUUGCGGUCGCCGGCGUAUCCUUCGGCUCGCCCACCUUCUAUUCGGCGUACCGCAUGUUCAAGUGCUACCUUAACAAGGGGUUGUGCACCGAUACGGUGGGCGAAAACGGGGCGCUUGGCUCCCGUCUCAUCCCAACCAAGCUGUUCCAAAACCAAAAAGGCCGCGACAAGGUCGGCGCGGCCCUCUCAUCGAUUCUUGACAUGGGCACCAACUUCCUGGUUGUGCAUUUUAUCGCUGGCGGGCAAGUGUCCAACUUCCCACCUGAUGCGACGGGUCUGAAUCCUGCGUGGCGACAAGCACUCUGGCACGUUGUUACGGCCAACUUUUGGGCCGACGAUGCCAAUGCGGCUCAGAUUUUGCAGAAGAGACGUGCCACGACCGCGCAGACAAAGGUUCUCGCCAAGCUCUCGUCCCAUGCUUACAUCAAUGAGGCGGAUGAGGCCGAGGCGGACUGGCAGAAUGCGUUCUAUGGCACUCACUACAAGUACCUGCUCCGGAUCAAGAACAAGUAUGACCCUGCGGGGCUUUUUGUAUGUCAUCAGUGUGUUGGGUCGGAACGGUGGUCUGCGGACGGGAAUUGUAGAGUGUAGUAGGAAAACAAGUGGUUACUUUUUUUGAAGAUCAAUGCUACUAUGGAACCUGUUACCUACGUCUAUUGCAAUGUAGUUUACAGUACAUUCACAUCCUUCGCGCUGCAGUAUGAGCCCAGAGAGCCUUUGACAGGCUAACCGACACCCUAAGUAUAGUGCAGCAGCACACCGGGUUGCAACGUCGUCUAUUCUUAGCAUAUCCCAGAUAUACUAUAUCUGCAUCUACCCAAUAUCUAUAUCUAAUCUGCAUCUACUCCAACUGAUAUCUAUAUCUAUGAUCUCAUUUAUGAAGGAUUCGACAAAGC